GACGAAACAAGGCACACCUUGCGCUGAGUCUGUUUCCGCAAACAGAAUCGUGGAGGGCAGUGCGGUGUUGGUUCAUGAAGAUUUACCAUCAUUCAAGUAACCAGAAAUGGAAAAUUCUACAAAAGCAGAAAAAUAUGAAAAGAUGUCUCUUCAGUGGGGAAAAGCAACAGAAGGUUCUGAAGUAGAGUCUUCAUUUAGUAUUAAUGAUACCACGACAAUGUCUGGGACUGGGCUUUCUGAAAAGACUCCUGUCUCUGAGCAAAGAGACACACCAGUAAAGAGAAAAGAGUUUGAAGAUGGUCUUGUAGAAGAAAAUUACGGGGAAGACACUCCAUCUAAGAAAAGAAAGCAUGAUGUUGAAACUGUCCCAGAGGAAAAAGGUUCUGGUGAUGAUGAAGGCGUUUCAAAGAAAAGAAAACUGGAAACCAAUGAUUUUCCAAAUGAUGAGCCUUCCCCUGGACAUGGCUCUCAGAAAAAGAGAAAAAUAGAAGUGGAAGGUGUUCCUGAAAAGCAGAAAAACCUGAAAGAAGGACACAGCUCAGCAGUGGCUGCCCACUACAAUGAGCUUCAGGAAGUUGGUUUGGAGAAACGUAGUCAAAGUCGUAUUUUUUACCUAAGAAACUUUAAUAAUUGGAUUAAAAGUGUUCUUAUUGGGGAAUUCCUAGAAAAGGUACGACAGAAAAAAACCCGUGGUAUCACUGUUUUGGACCUGGGAUGUGGUAAAGGUGGAGAUUUGCUCAAAUGGAGAAAGGGAAGAAUUAACAAGCUGGUCUGUGCUGAUAUUGCUGACAUUUCUGUCAAACAGUGUCAGCAGCGGUAUGAAGACAUGAAAUAUCGUCGUGAUAAUGAAUAUAUUUUUAAUGCAGAAUUUAUAACUGCUGACUGUUCAAAGGAACUUUUGGUUGAUAAAUUUCAUGAACCAGAAAUGUGCUUUGACAUCUGCAGUUGUCAGUUUGCUUGUCAUUACUCCUUUGAGUCCUCUGAGCAGGCUGACAUGAUGCUCAGAAAUGCUUGUGAGAGGCUGAAUCCUGGAGGCUAUUUUAUCGGCACCACUCCCAAUAGCUUUGAACUGGUAAGACGUCUUGAAGCUUCAGAAACAGAAUCAUUUGGAAAUGAAAUAUAUACUGUGAAAUUUCAGAAGAAAGGAGAUUAUCCUUUAUUUGGCUGUAAAUAUGACUUCAACUUGGAAGGUGUUGUGGAUGUCCCAGAAUUCUUGGUCUAUUUUCCAUUGCUAACUGAAAUGGCAAAGAAGUACAAUAUGAAACUAGUCUACAAAAAAACAUUUCUGGAAUUCUACGAAGAAAAGAUUAAGAAUAAUGAAAAUAAAAUGCUGUUAAAACGAAUGCAGGCCCUAGAGCCAUAUCCUGCAAAUGAGAAUUCUAAACUUAACUCUGAAAAGGCAGAUGACUAUAAACAUGCAGCAGAGUACAUGAAAAACAGUCAAGUAAGGUUACCCUUGGGAACUUUAAGUAAGUCAGAAUGGGAAGCUACAAGUAUUUACUUGGUUUUUGCCUUUGAGAAGCAGCAGUGAGCACCUAGACAAUCACCCCAGAGCAUCACUCCGUCCUGCACAGAUUCAGGCAGUCCAUCUCAGAUAGAUUUGACAGCUGUUUGUUUUAAUAGGAAACGAACUCUAAAUGUGCAAGACGUUGCUGGAAACUCCAGUGCAUAAAGUCAACAUUUAUUGUCUGAUAGAUUAACUUUGUAUAUAUAAGAGUGAGUUGGGACCUUUGUCUUUAAAAAUCUAUUUUUGAGUAGUGUUCUAAAAAUUCCAUUUGCCUCUACUGUCUUAGCUCAUAAAAACUAUAAUAUUGCUUGUUAAAGCAACU